GAGACGUUUUACAUUGUUCCAAACAGUGCUCUCUCUCUCUGCAGUCUGCACAUAUUUUGCUUUUCUGGGUUGCAGGGUUUUCAGCUGGAAGCUCUUUUCUUUUUCUCCACAUUUGAAAUUUUGGGGUUUCUGGGUGGCUUCAGCUGCAAAUAAAAGCACUUGGAUCUUCUGGGAUUUUGAUGGGUUUUUGGUGAUCUAGCUUUUGAGUCCUAAAGUUCUAAACCUUCAAAUUUUUGGGCUUUUUAGGAGUUGGAAUUUUGUGGUACUUUUUAUGUACUUUUUGUUCUUCCGGGACUUGCUUUUUACUGCAGUGCGGCUCAAGUGUAUGGGGUUUGAGCAGUAACAGUGAAGAAAGGAACAAAUCUUGUUGAACUUCUUUGGAUGAGGAUGAUUUGGGAUCUUUUAUUUUUUUGGUGAGUAUUGUGUAAUGUGCUUCCAGGAACUGCAAAAUGUUGGAGAAAUCUGCUGAUCUUUGAGCAAGUUUUGUGGGUUCUGAUCUCUCUGGUGUUUUUGUGAGUCCAUUUUACCAAAGGUAGUGGAAUGCACUUUAAUGAGUAAAUAGUUUGUACUUUUACUGUUCUUAGCUCAACAGAUUUUCUGAGUUGUUACUAGUUCAAUGUUUAGAUCGAUAGUUUUCUUGUAAAGGAAGCUUGGAUUGUUUGAUCUUCUGCUUAGAUCUAGGGUUUCUUGCUUACCGGAUUCUGGCUCAGAAGGGUUUUGAGAAGUACGAGUUACCCCAUUUUUUGUUAGAACUUCACGGUUUAAUUGUUCAUAAGUCAAAACAUACUUGAAUUUCUGCUGGUAGAUCUCACUGUGCCUUCAAUGUAUAACGACCUUGGAACAUAAUAGAGUUAUUAGUUGGCAAAGGUACUUCGUGUGCUGGUGUUAUUUUCGGGGUUUGAAUUGUUGAUUACGAAAGAGGUAUUCAUAAGUUUGCGGGGUUGAAGAGAACCCAAUUUGUUUAGUGGAUUAUGGAUUUCUUCAAAGUGAAGAAGUUUAGGAAAGCACACAAACCAGACCCCGAAAAUGUGUCAGAGGACAGUCCUGUGCCACAGCGGGAGGAACCCAACAAGAAGAAUAGUGGCGAUGACUGUGGUAAGUCGGCCAAUGCUGAUCCUGUGGCCGAGGCUGAGGACGAUGAUGAUGAUUUCAUAAUUGAGGAGGUCAAGCGGAAGUUAAAAGAAUUGAGAAGGAACAGCUUUAUGGAGCUGAUUCCGGAAGAAGAGUCAUUACCCGAAGAGGAAGAAGAAGAAGAAGCCGGUGAGACAAGCUCUAAUGAGUGGAGGGAUGUAGAAGCAGAAGGCCAGCUACGGUGGUGUGGCUUUGUUGCUGUAUAUGACAAAUACUGGGAAAGGAUGUUGUUCUUUGAGCAGAUGAGUGCGCAGCACCUUAGUGGAACUUGUUUCCAAACACCCAAGACUCCAUCACCGCGAUUUGCAUCUAAGAAGCUUACUUCCCCUCUUCGCUGUCUUUCUUUGAAGAAGAUUGAAGAGCCUGAUAAUGAGACUGAGCACCUUCAGCAGCCUGAUGAUGAUCCUUACCAGGAUAUCGAGACAUCAUAUGUAGGUCAACUUUGCCUGUCUUGGGAGGCACUGCACUGUCAGUACACUCAGCUAAACCAGCUAAUUGCAUGCCAACCUGAAAAUCCCAACAGUUACAACCACAGUGCUCAACAAUUUCAACAGUUCCAGGUUUUACUACAACGGUAUAUCGAAAAUGAACCUUUUGAGGAGGGCCACAGGGCCGAAAUUUAUGCUCGCACGCAAAGACUUCUUCCUAAUUUACUCCGGGUGCCUAAUAUACAAGGUCCAAUACAAAAAGGAAAGGAGGAAGAAGAAUCAGAUUCAUCGUUGCAUGCUCCUGAUCUCAUCAAGAUUAUUGAAACCUCAAUCCUUACUUUUCAGCUUUUCCUGAAGAUGGAUAAGAAAAAACCAAGCUCUGUUCUUAACUUGUUUGGGAAUCAAAACCAGGCUGCCACCCCACUUCAGCAGAUUCAAACUUCUCUCCAGAAGAAAUGGAUGAAGUUAAAGGAACUGCGCAAAAAGAGGAAAGGUUGGAAGAAGAAAUUGUGGCCACAAUCACAGGAAGAUGUUCAGCUUUUGUUCAGCUUCAUUGACGCCAAGGUUUUGUCAAGAACCCUCCGGAUGGUGAGAAUAAGUAAAGAGCAGCUGUUUUGGUGCGAGGAAAAGAUGAAAAAACUCGACUUAGUUGAUGGCAAGUUGUGGAGAGACCCGUCUCCCACCCUGUUCCCCUGUCAAUAGCCCUCGGAAUGAACUAAUUCAGCAUAUGUAUUCCUUGGAUGGUUAGCAGCAGAUUAAGCCCUCUCUCUCUGGCUUCUCAUUCAGUUUAUCUUUUGUAUGCUGCAAGGAGUACUAUCCUCUGGAGACCAAGAACACCGACUUCAUACGUUUCUACUACCGAUGUAUGAAUGUUACGAGGAACUUCCCUUUUGCCAUUGAGGCUGUCGAGGAGCCUCGAUCGGAUUUAAUACAUGAAGAACUCAGUUGUUCAAAUUAAGUUUUCUGCAACUGUAGUAUGUUAUCAUCUCUUUCAUUAGGUCUGAGUGUGAGCAUUCGUAGUUUGUAUUAACAACAACCAGAUUUCUAUGAACUAAAUAGUUAUUGCGGCUAAGUACUUUUCAUA